AUGAAGUUGGCGCACAGUUCACAACGGUGCUGGACGGGAGGACCUCUGCGUAUAAAUUAUCUUGACAGCAGCACAUUCGAGGACUACUUGGAUCGUUGUAAGGGACUGUACUACGUUGCGGAUUUUCUCGUCAAUGUGGAGCUUGGAGAUAAUGAUAACGGCUAUCAGCACAUCUUAUGGCAAUACAAGGCGUUCUUCAUCGAGAACUACGUAAUCAGUCUAGAGAUCUGCCGAAAAUUGCUAUGCUACCUCCAGAUCGAGUCCCCGAGCCUGGCAAUUCUGCGCAACCUACCACGUACGGUCAUUGGUGGGCUGUGUCGCAUUUCUUGGGCUCUGAAUUGGUCAGCCGGAGUCUUGGGUGAUGAGACUGGAUUGACGCGGCAUGAGCCGUUUUGGGAUGUCACCAGCGAAGUAUGGGAGCAGCGGGAGCAACGCGAUGGUGAUGCAAGUGACGAGCAAGAUGCGACCUACAAUGUCUCGAGGACUCUGUCGACCACGGCGAUCACGGUCGUGAAGCAGUUGCUAGGAAGUUGUGAUGGUAGGAUCGGCGGGACGUAUUCAUAUGGUAGGACAGUUGAGUGGUACGUCGAUGAGGAAGGCGAUGUGGUCCUACACCGGCGUUUUCCGGAUGUGUGUUCAGACAUUGGCAGCGACGAGUCGCAUGCAGAACAUGAUGGAGCUCUGGGCUCGCUCGAAGAUUUCGAAAGUGAAGGCGUGCUAGACGAGGUGUCAGACGAACUGCUUCCCGACGUUGCCGGCGCGUUCGUAACGGCCGCAAACAUACCAGAGGAGGCUGAUAGAGGCAACGGCGCUGCUUUGGCCCUCUGUGUAACUGACACAGGCUUUGAGUUCGGCGGAGACUCUAUGGAAGUCGAUCACCUGGGUGCGGACGCUUUUAUUAGUACGGCAGUCUAUGACGCACUGGCCUGCUUUGAAGGAUCGGAUUUCUGCUCGCCUCUGUCGCUUCAGCACGAUGUUCCUGCGGACGAGGUCAGAUAA